AUGCCGCGUGCACGCCGUCGCCCCCGAUCAGUUCGCAAGUCGCGCAACACCAACAUCAUCGCCGAGGAGCGCAAGUACGCACGGGCGCCGCACAGCUUUGUCUUCGCUCGUCCCAACGUCGGCUCGCUGGUCAAACAGCUGGCUUUGGACGCUCGUCGCAUCUUCGAGCCCUACACCGCCUCCCAGUUAAAGGUUACGAAGAAGAAUGUUCUCAAGGACUUCAUCAACAUCGCCGGCCCGCUGAAUGUUUCGCACAUCCUCUACUUCACGCAUCCACGUCCCGAGAAGCUCGCGCUUAAGAGGAGUCGGUACGCGGCUAAUUUGGAGAAGAAACGGGAAAAACUCGGUGUCGUUGUUGAGGAAAAGGAUGAUGAUACGGGAGAGCAGAAGGGAUCUGCAGCUGGUGGUGUUUAUUUACACGUUAUACGUUCGCCCAGCGGUCCCAGCCUGACAUUCCGUGUCUCCGAGUACUCGCUUACUCGAGACGUCUUCUCUCUUGUCCGCAGAGUCUUCGACGUGCGUCAAUUCGCCUCGCCGCCACUUCUGGCCAUGACGGGCUUCGGUUCGUCCACGUCAGGCGGUGGCCCCCCUCCACCCCAUCUGCGCCUCCUUGUCGACAUGUUUCAGAACAUGCUGCCCUCUCUUAACAUCCAGAAGCUCAAAUUAAGCAGCGUGCGUCGAGUGUUGCUCCUUAGUCGCGAGGUUGAUAAUUGCCAAGGCGAGGACGUGGUGUACGUGCGUCACUUCAACAUUCGCAUCGAGAAUCGGUCGGUCAGCAAGGCGCUGCGACGUCUCGGUGUUGGCGGGGCCCCGCUGAGGAAAAAGAAAACCUCGUUUGGCGGUCUCGGUCCAGAGGGCUCUGGAAAAUCCACCGGAGUUCCUAGUCUCGGGAAAUACGCCACCAUCGACGACUACUUGUCUAAGGCCAGUUUGCUGACAGAUUCCGGCAUGUCGGAUUUGGAUGAUAUGGCAGAGGUCGACUUACCUGUUGGAUCGGCUAAUGAAAAUGACAAUGGCGAAAGCCUUCCCAAGACGUCCAAGAAGUCAAAAGAAGCCCUUGCCGAAGCCAAGGCAGCACACGGUUUCACUCAUUUAACGGGCUGCAGAAAGGCUACCAUUCGCCUCACGGAAAUCGGACCGCGACUUACUCUGAAGCUCAUAAAGAUUGAGGAUGGUGUAAACUCAGGCAAUGUGCUGUAUCACAGCUGGCGCAAGCUGUCACCAACAGAAGUGUCCCAACAAGAGGCCCUUCGAAACGCCAAGGCAGCUGCGAAGGCGGCUCGAAAGCAACUGCAAGAGCAGCGGCGAAUCGCGAAUGAGUGCGCUCGCGCCUCCAACCGUGAGGCCUGCCUCGAGGGUAUGCGGAGGGCUGGCCAGAUCCCCCUCGAAGGAGCUGCCAGCUUGGGCGCUGGUGAAGCAAACGCCAAGCCCGCACUUGAUGAUGCCAAUUCGGCACACCAAUCGCGUAACAGCGAUGAAGGCGAGGAUUCAAAUACACACUCUUAUCCUAUCAAAACUGGCAGCACGCGAAGAAAAUCGUCGAAAGAGGCUGCCAAAAAGCGACACAAAAAAUCCCAUCUGAUAGUUCAGAAGGCAAAAAUGAAAAAGCAGUCCCAUCACGAUCGACUUGCCAAUCGAGAACGGGAAACCGUUGAAAGUGUGUAA